CUUCGCGACUCGAGUCUAGUAUCGUUUUUAAUGCACAUAUUUAACUAGCCUUGACCUAAUUCUAGCAGUGUUAAACUUUUAUUUGUUGUAACGUGAAAGGCAUCUUGUGUCCGACAUGGGGGUAGCACUUUCCAGGGCAGUUCAGUGGGUCAGUGGUAGCGAAGAUAAACUGGAGGAUACCCCGCUGAAUGAAGCUAUACUCAGUGAAAUCGUGCUGUUCACGGAGGAGUUCAGCGCUAAACACCCAGAGGAAGCCAAGCUUGUCUUCACAGAGCCUUUACAAUGGAAAACAUGUCUAAAUGCUUUUGAUUUCGAUACAGAGUAUGACAUCAGUGGUGAAUCAGUUAUGUCCAGAGAGUCUAAUAAGGAUGGGCAUCCCCUUCUCCAUCUUGACCCACCUGACAUCACAGUGUACACAUUUUACCAUCUCUCCACUCUUUUGCAACUGACUGAAGUUAAAAAGAUAAAGGAAGUUCAGGCCUGUUUGGAGGCUAACAGGAACCCAAUAAUGAAGAUCCUGGGCUCCAUCUCUGCCAUUGCGAAAGAAGGGGACCUCCUGAUGGAAAUAAAAGAGGAUGAGCCGAGUGAGAGGAAUGAGCUUAAAAUGAACCUGUUAAACAUCCUGAACCAGCUGGACACAAAACUGCUGAACACAGCUGUCACACAGAUAACCAGAGAGGGCAGGCUAAGCCCAACAGCUGUUGAUAUAGAGGUAGAUGAGUUGAAGAGGUUCUGUGGAACAGGAGAAAGCAGGGCACUGAAGUCUGUACGCUACACAUCAGAUUAUGUGUUCUCAAAUGGUUGCCGCUCUUCUCCCUGGAGGCAGAUGGAUGGAGAAAUUUGCUCUCUUAUAAUUGAGACUUGUGACACAGAGCCCACAAUGUUCAUUACUUGCACCACUACUGGAGUUUUCCUUGAUGAGGAAGUCAAGGGGGAAGCAGGUGAAAACGCUUAUAGGGAAAAAAGUGAUGUCUACAAUGAUCUCUUCACGCUGCUGAAAAACAAGUCUCUCCAUUUUGCUGAAGCUGUAAGAGAACAGGACUCUGCCAUUCAUGAUGUGCCAUCUAAAGAGAUUCAACACAUGGAAACAGUUGAUGGAGAAAAAACAGGCCAAACCCUGAGGUCCCAGGACCGUCGGGAGAAAACUGCGCCCGAGAAGUCGAGACAACAGCUUGUUCAAAACAGGCCAGGCAGUAAGAUGAAGAAAUUUGAACCGUCUUUAAAAUGGAAGAACCUCGGCCUCACAUCCCCUUAUGAGAAGGUGGAGGAGAAGAGGUCUGUGAGAAGUGGAGAAAGCAAGAAGGUCUUGGCAUACUGCACAAAUUCUCCGGCGUCGGAGAACAAAAAAAGAGCUAAUUUCUCCGAAUCGUCUCUGCCAGGCUGCCGGUCCUCUCAAAAAAUUAAGACCCCAGGAGGAGCUGAUGAUUUCUUUGAGAGUUCAUCAGAGGGUGAGGAGGAUGAAGAACAGCCAGACAGACGUGCAGAGACCACCACCAACCUGCCUACAGAGUACUGGCAAAUCCAGAAACUUGUCAAAUAUUUAAAGGGGGCAAAUCAGACAGCCACAGUGAUUGUUUUGUGCGCUUUGAGAGACUUUAACCUGGUCCAGGAGACGUGUCAGCUGGCUAUCAGAGAUGUGGGAGGGCUAGAGGUUCUCAUCAACCUGCUGGACACAGAUGAGAUUAGAAGUAAAAUUGGUUCUCUUAAAAUCUUGAAGGAGAUCAGCUCUAACUCUCAGAUUCGGCAGGCCAUUGCAGAUCUGGGCGGCUUGCAGACCAUGGUGUCUAUCCUGGACUCGCCUGACAAAGAUCUCAAGUGCCUGGCUGCAGAGACCAUCGCCAACGUGGCCAGGUUCAGACGGGCCCGCUGGACGGUCCGACAGCAUGGUGGCAUCAAGAGGCUGGUGGGGUUGCUGGACUGCGUGCCUGAUGGUGUGUCUCUGAGUAGGGAGCAGGAGAGGGACGUGGAGGUGGCACGCUGCGGAGCUCUGGCUCUCUGGAGUUGCAGCAAGAGCACCAAGAACAAAGAAGCCAUCCGAUUGGCUGGGGGAAUCCCUCUGCUGGCCCGUCUGCUCAAAUCGCCACAGAAAAACAUGCUCAUCCCUGUGGUGGGAACCCUGCAGGAGUGCGCUUCUGAGAUGAGCUACAGAAUUGCUAUACAGACUGAGGGCAUGAUUAAAGAUCUGGUGAAGAACCUCAGCUGUGACAACCAGGAGCUCCAAAUGCACUGCGCCAGCGCUAUCUUUAAGUGUGCAGAAGAUAAACGUACACGUGAUCUGGUGCGGCAGUACAGCGGACUGAAGCCACUGGUCGUGCUGCUCAACGAAGCUGAAAACAAGCAGUUGCUCGCCGCCACAACCGGAGCCAUCUGGAAAUGCUCCAUCAGCAUGGAAAACGUGGCUAAGUUUCAGGAGUAUAAGGCUCUGGAGACUCUGGUAGCUCUGCUAAAAGACCAACCCGAAGAGGUUCUUGUUAAUGUAGUAGGAGCACUGGGUGAAUGUGCACAAAUACCUGAGAAUCUUGCCACCAUCCGCAAGAGUGGUGGGAUCCAACCACUGGUCAACCUUCUCACCGGCACCAAUCAGGCCCUGUUGAUCAACGUCACAAGGGCCGUGGGAGCCUGUGCCACUGACCCUGAGAACAUGACGAUCAUUGAUCGUCUUGAUGGUGUACGUCUUCUGUGGUCUUUGCUGAAAAACCCCAAUCCAGAAGUUCAGGCAAGUGCUGCCUGGGCCAUCUGCCCCUGCAUUGAGAAUGCAAAGGAUGCCGGGGAAAUGGUGCGUUCUUUUGUGGGUGGUUUGGAGCUCAUUGUUAAUUUGCUUAAAUCGACGAAUAAAGAUGUGCUGGCCAGCGUGUGUGCAGCCAUUGCCAAAAUUGCCAAAGAUGUGGAGAACCUGGCAGUUAUUACAGACCAUGGAGUGGUUCCAAUGCUGGCCAGCCUCACCAACACUGUGGAUGAUAAGCUACGCCGUCACCUGGCGGAAGCCAUCGCCCAUUGCUGUACAUGGGGGAAUAACUGUGUCUUAUUUGGAAACGCUGUAGCCCCUCUGGUGCGCUACCUUCGUUCAAAAGACCCAUCAGUCCACCAGGCUACGGCCCGGGCACUGUUUGAGCUCUCCAAAGACCCUAGCAACUGCGUUACUAUGCAUGAACAUGGGGUGGUCAAGCUCCUGCUCGUCAUGAUCGGAUCCACGGAUGAGGUUCUGCAGGAGGCGGCGGCCAGCUGUGUGGCCAACAUUCGGCACUUGGCACUAGCCAAUGAGAAAGCUAAAUAUGGGUAAAAAGUGACCAGAAGGAAAUCAGGCAAUAAUCUUGCUCUGAAUCGGUUUCUGUUCCCUCAACCACAAAACAGUUAUCCACCAAAUUCUUUACUAUUCUAUACUACCCACUCCAACCAUUGCCCCACCCAACCUUAAUAAAUGUAACUAAGGUGCAUCAACUUAUCGAAGCAGCAAAUGAUUGACGUAUGUAUGUUUAUUUAUAUUUAAUCUCUGUGAUAAGUAUAUAGUAGUAACAAUAAAUGCUGUCUACUCCAAAGU